CCAGAGCCGAGCCCCCGCGAGCAACGGAGGAACUACAAAUACCAGCAAGCCGCGGUGUGCGCAUGUGCAGUGAGGGUGCUGGCGGUGGCCAGACUGCGCCCGCGCACCGGAGGCCGCGGCGGUGGCGGGAAGUGCGUCCGUGAGGGUGGAAAUACAGUAAUCUACCGACUGUUCCUAACAGAAGAAAGAAAAUUCCUACUCACAAUGCUUCCUGUCAGAAUGAAAUUCCUACAGCUACUGUGCAUGAAACCAGGGAAACUAGAAACACUCUUUCAAAUACCUUUUUGCCAAAAGCAAUUCCCAUUUAUGUGUCUGGCUACCUCCACAUGUCUUCAUAGUAAAAAUAAAAAAGUGAACAGCUAUGAACUAGUUGACCAGGACAAAUACAAUAAUUUGGUCUCCUCUGUGAUCUCUUACAAAACCAGUGCCCAAACACCGGAGACAAUACUUGAAGAAGACAGUUUUUUAUAUGGGCCACCAAAACAACACAAACGUCUGGUUAAAGCUGAAACAAAAGCUCCAAGGAAUUGGAUUCCUUUAAUAAACCGGAACAAGAAGAUUCCCCUUCUCAACAGUGAUUCAAACUUCCCCGUGAAAAUCCCUUUACGAGAGAAAAACAAGACAAAAAUGCCCAGUGUUACCCAUAUUCUUCAACAGACUAUUUCUCCACAGCAAGCCUUAUAUCUAGAAAGAUGGAAGCAGAAAAUGAUACUGGAACUUGGAAAAGAUGGUUUUACAGAGUAUACUAAAAAUCUUUUCCUCCAAGGACAUCUCUUUCAUGCCGCUUUGGAAUCUAUAUUCCUGUCUGAAGAGAUGGUAACUAAGGAGCGGAGAGAAGAUGUCACUGUUUCUGGCUACUUGUCGAGUGUGGAACAUGUCUUGAAAGAUAUCAGCGAAGUGAGAGCUCUGGAAAGUGCAGUUCAGCAUGAGACUCUUCAGUAUCUGGGCCUAGUAGACUGCGUGGCUAAGUAUCGAGGCCAGUUGUGUGUGAUUGACUGGAAAACUUCAGAGAAACCAAAGCCAUCUUUGAAGGAUACUUUUGACAACCCUUUACAGGUUGCAGCAUAUAUUGGAGCCAUCAAUCAUGAUGCCAAUUAUGACUUCCAGGUUAGCUGUGGACUCAUCGUGGUUGCCUAUAAGGACGGCUCCCCUGCGCACCAGCAUUUCAUGGCUCCUGAGCUGUGCUCCGAGUACUGGAAUAAGUGGCUUUUGCGCCUUGAAGAGUACACAGAGAAAAAAGCACCCAAACUAAGCUGUGCAGAGACAAGUGGUUUGAGCACAGAGCCAGAGCAAGAAUCCUUUAGUUAAAUCUGUGAUUUUGUACAUACUUUUUG